UGGCGCACAGCCCAGCGUUUGCGUUUUUCCGAGUGUUUUUCUCUCCAUACAUCCACGGUUUUUCAAGAGGACUGGGGUUAAACUGCGCAUGCGUACUGUGAACUCCCUUUCCGCUACGCGCCUGCAACUGCACCUCUUAGCUCAGUGCUCUUCCUCCUCCUGGCACAGCAUCACGUUUGUUCACCCCAGAGCCGAGGAGAGCUUCGUUUCCCUUGAGAGUUUUUGCCUCUGCAUCAUCGACAGAUGUCUGCCGAGCCAUUUCUUCUCCCACCCAGCCAUUGUGGCUCCACUUUGAAGGAUAACGUCAGCGCUCCUCUGCCUGGAAACUGCCUUGCAUGACCACAACACCUGGAUAGCCUUCUAUGUUUGGCUGCUAUGAUGCUUGGGUUCCAGGGGAAUACUUCCUCUUCCAAAGUGUAUCGUUGUGUGGCAUGUUCAGCUACCUUCACUGGACUGGCCUCCUUGCUAGUACAUCAGGCGACCCAUGCUAGUGCACUCUCCAAGGUUCCUGCCCUCCCUCCAACACAGCCUAAUGUCAGCCUGCAUGACGCAUCGUAUGCAAGCAAGGACUCAUCCAGUGGGAACCCAAGUUCACCAACACUAUUGCCUGAGAGCCCUUCACCUUCUUUUUAUAUUUGUGAUUGUGGAGAGGAAUUUCAGGAUUUUAGCCUCAUGCUUGAGCAUAAGCAUUCUCAUGUCUCUCAACUACAGCUACUGCAACCCCUGGAUAAUCUCUCUAGUGGAACAGGGUGUGAUGAAAUGUUUCCCACUCAGCAUGUACAGUUCAGUACAACUGUAACCAAGCCAGGUUUGCUCCUCAAUUGCCCCUCUACCUCAAGGUCCCCAGCUGUCGAAUUACCCACAUCAACAGACCAUAAAGCAGAUGUAAGUCUGGAGGAUGGAAUUGCCAUUGUCACCACUCCUCAAGGACAGUGUACACUCCUUCAGGAUGGUCAUGAGAAACCACUUGAGAAGACAGCAGCAGGAGAGCAAAUACUGGAGACCGUAAAGGACAUGCAUUUCCAGGACAAAACAAAUUCAGUUCUCAGUAGUAAAACAGGUGCGAAUUUGCCCCAAAAUAACAACUUAAUGAAGUUGCUGGCAUCAGCAUACAUGAAAAGUUUCCCUCUUCCUCAGUCUCAGAAUCAGAAUAUUAACACAGUUACCCCCAAACAAGAAGUCGUCCCAGUUGAUAUAACACCGGGGGAAAAAACUGAAGUGUCACCAAUCAAUGAUCUUUCUAUUGCACAGUUGAGGCGACUGCUUGCAAAACCUGGUAUAAAGACGAAAGCUCCAUCCAUCAGCAGAAUUCUUGAGUCAAGUAAGAAGAGAAUUGUUUCUCUGACUAAAACUUUCUCGCCUGUUGUGGUUCUUGAAACCCGUCAAAAGCUCAUGGAUGCUAGCAGUAAUGGCACAUAUGGAAGAUAUCAAUGUGGCCGCUGUCGUCGGGUCUUUCAAAACAUGGACAGACUGACAGAGCAUCAUUUCUUGCACAAAAAAGAGAGGAUUAAAUGUUGCCGACGGUGCAAACAGCUGAUCAUUGGGAGGUUGCCUUUCCCUGACAAUCACGUAUGCCCACAGUUGGGAAACAAGGCCAUACAGCCAUCAAGAUCUUUAAAAAAUAAGUUUCCCUUUGCCCAAAAAAUAGUGCCAUUCCAUAGUCUAAACAAUACAAAAAAAGUUUUCUUUUGUCCGUUGUGCAAGCACAGCUACGCACGGAGGUACAACCUCAAAAUGCACAAAUGCCAGGGUCCAGGGUCAGCCGUUAAUCAGCAGGCCAAUUCCUCCACUGAGAAAAUGCUAGUAUUGAAAUCAAAUGGUAAAGCCAAAAUAGAUGCAGAGAUUGAAGAUGGACUUCAAAAUGCUAAGAGUGUUGGUGUGGGUACUGAAGUUACUGGUCGUAUUAAGGUAGAGGUGACCUCUCCAAAUUCAGAGCAGUCUGCAGUGUCACAAUUGGCCUGGACACAUUCAGCUCAAAUCUACCCCAAAUCUUCCAUGAUGGAGCAGCCUAAGGAUGUCACUCUGUGUGGGACUUCGCUUCAGACAGGAGAAGAAAAAAGUAGCUGGAAUGCAGCAGUAAUUGAUAAUGAAGACAGCAACGAAGGGCAGUGGACAAUGCCCUUAGAUGAUGAAAUGGAGGUGCUUAGUUCUAAAGAGAAAGCUGGUAAUAAUACAGGGGUGAAGACUUCUGUGUCAGCCGAAACAGCACCCACUAGUCUGCGAUAUUUUGUCAGAGACGGUGUAAAACGUUACCCUUGUAACAGGUGUCAGAAAACAUACAGUCGGGUGUCCACUUUAAGGCGCCAUUUACGGCUAUGUGGCUUCAGACCGCGCGGCCCUGGCACUGCAGCACAAAGUGGUAGUCAGGGGGCCAUUCUACAACAUGCCAACAAUAUGAGACCAAUGUUUGCAUGCUUCGUCUGUGGAAAGUCUUUUAACCGCAAAGACAACAUGAUGGUGCAUAGAAAAAAAUGUCAGUUACAUCAAACGAUGAUAGAAGUGGAUAGGGGGACUGCGCAGCAGAAUAUGUCAGGGAAUGCAAAAGACAGUCAAACACAGGGGGAUGAUGCAGGCAACUGGGGCAUCAUGUCACUGCCCUCUGUACUUCCCAGGAGGGUGACAUGUGAGUGCGGGGUUGGAUUUACAUCUCCAAGACUUCUCCUGGAACACCUACAAAAGCAUGCACAGGAAUCAUACACAUGUCCAACUUGUGGAGAGACAGUGAAUUCCUGGGCAGACUACGAAGUUCAUCUGCAGAUCCAUAUGCAUCCUCAUCAUCAGUUGCUCAAGGGAUUACAACCACAACGAUCACAACCCCUGUUACUUCGAUUUCAGCAACAGCCACCUCAUCAGCAGCCAUCUCAGCCUGUGCAUCAGCCUCCACAGAAGCAGCCAUGUCCAGAGCCACUGCCAAAUCCAGGAAAAAAGCAGCAGAGGAUUGUAUGCACACGAUGUGGCAAUACAUUUGCCACUCGCUGUUCCCUGCGGAGGCACAUAUCCUUGAAUCGAUGUAAAGGGGGACGGGUUACAAAUCCAUCCACAAAUCCACCCAAAACGUAUCACUGCUCGCACUGCAAGUCUGACUUCCCGAACACAAUCAGCCUCAUGUUUCACCAGAGGAGUGGGACUUGCAAGCCUGCCAUCAAGCCUGUGCGUUGCCCUGUCUGUCUUCGCUGGUUUGGCACUGUAGACGGUCUGCAGAAACACUUGCUCACUCACAAACAGUCUGAAUCUUACCGCUGUGAUGUCUGUCAGGGUACCUACCCAAAUCUUAAAUCACUCAAAAACCAUCGCCGGAGAAUUCAUCGCAUCAUGGCUGGAGACACAAAGCCAAAAACACAAGAACAACUCUCAUCUUAAUGACACUUCAGUUUUUCUAAAAACAAAUGUCUGUAACAUGGGAGAAAUGUCUUCAAGGUUGUAUUUUACUUGUUUUUUUACUCUCCAUGGGUUACUUUGGUAUUGUACAGCUACAUACAGCUCUUUUCUUUUGGGGGAGGGGCUAAAGCAAAUCGUUGUGUUAUAGUAGCUUGUCACUGUAAAAACAAAAGCUUUGAUAUACUGUACAUUUUAGUUUUAUCAAGUUAAUCCCUCUAUUACAUAAUCUCAUAGCCUGUAAAUGUUUGAGUAUUUGCUAAUCAAACGUUUAUCAAAGAAGUUGUGAUGUAGGUUGUUGUUGUGCUGGUG